ACGCAUAUUUACCUGAAUUUUCAUUUUUGCGAGUUGCGAUCUUCGGAAAUUUCCCAUUUUUCUUGUUCUGUGAUCUUUUGUUUGGUUUGUGCAAAUUAUUCCAAGUUAUUCCUCUGCAGUUAAUAUCCCCUGAUUGUAAAUCUGUUGUUUUUGCGAUCCGCACUCCAUCAUGGGCCGCAUCCAUCUGGAGCACCCGGGCGGAUCAUCCAAGCUCUUCUACUGCGUCAACUGCGACACCGUCCUCACCAACCGUCGCCAGCUGGUUAGCAUGAGCUUCACGGGCGCCACCGGCCGUGCCUACCUCUUCCACCACGCCGUCAACAUCCGCAUGUCGGAGGUGCAGGACCGUGUGAUGCUGACGGGACGGCAUUUCGUGCGCGAUGUCUUCUGCAAGAAGUGCUCGGCUAAACUCGGCUGGUUCUACGAGUUCGCCACCGAGGAGGACCAGCGCUACAAGGAGUCGCAGAUUAUCCUGGAACGGGCGCUGAUCAGCGAGCGGGAGGGCACGGACUCGCCCGGGGAGGAGAAUCACGGGUUUGAUGGGCAUUAGGCCGUCUGGGGCCUGGGAAACGGACAGGUCGGGGUAAAUACGGCGGAUCUCGUUGGGAAUCUGAUUUUGUACAUAGUACAGCGAUGGGUCGUACAGGGAUGACGGUGGUGUGCGCCGCUUGCUUUUCUGUUGGUAUUUUUCUGUUUUUCCAUUUUGAUUUCUUGCUUGCGUUUCUCGAGUGUUCCUACGUGUUUGUGCUCGUUAGUGGUUAGCGAGACGAUGGAUAAAUUGGUUUGUGUAUUGGGAACUACACCACGUUUUACCUUUUUAGAUGUUAUAAACUGAUCGAAAACUGUUCUCUGUUUUAUUAGUGCAGCUGCGAGAAAAAAUCAAUAAAAAAUGGA